ACUUGACUCAAUACCUAUUUUAAUAGUGAAAUGGAUCAGUGCUCCACUCGGGUCAAAUCUUACCCCACAACCUCCCUCGGUCGCCAGUAGCGAGGCGUGCUCGUGAUUAUGUCAGUCGGAGGUCAGUGACCCCGAGAUGAAUGCUCGGAGCAUCGCGUUCGAGCUGUCCAUGGAGGGUCGGCAGGUGGACGAGGUGGUCGCCAGCAUCUUCCACACCGUGCUGUUCCACCGCUCCAGCGGCAAGUUCACCUACAACAACGAGGAGAGCUACUCCAUCCGCACCGUCAGCUAUGUCGACGUCGACUGCGACUUUAUCGACUUCACCUACGUCUGCUGCGAGUCGGAGGCGCUCGGGAGGAACGUCAAACGCGAGAUAUCCGACUUUUCCGACUUGCUCCGCGGCGCCGAAAACACUGCCACUCCUCGCGGCUCAAUCAGCUUAGAGUUUUUCCAAAAGCGUCGCGCGCGCUGGCCGUUCCAACCCGAAUGUGUCCCCUGGGAGGUGUGGACCGUGUACUGCGAGCUGGCCGAGGCGCGCUCCGAGCACGACAUGCGCGCGCAGCACGAGGGCGUCGUCGAGAUGCUGCAGGACAAGAUCGUCUUCAUCACGGAGAUCAUCAACCGGCACGAGUACGUGCCCAAGAUGCCGAGCCGCUCCGACGCGGACCUCAUCUUCGACACCUCGUACCCCGACAUCCAGCCGUACCUGUUCAAGAUCCACUAUAACUUGUCCGGCGCGCCGCCGCUCACGGUGGGCAACACUGUCCGCAAACUGAUACGAGACACGCUUUCGUUGUGAUGUCUGUCUCUCUAUUAUCUAUAACAUGUUUGCACAAAACAUGCCCUCUGUUCAAAGUGUAAAAUGACCUACAAGUUUAAAGGCCUGGGUAACAAAAAUGCAGGUUUUAAACUGCCCUGACGCGCUUGAAGUCAGCGUAGCAAUAGACUGGUCAAAGUGUAUCAAGAGGGUAUAUAAAAUAGAACACCGAUGCCUAGAUUCCCUAUUUUUCGGCUAUUUCUAAAUCGAUGUGUGAUAAAUAUUCGCUAUUCCGCUUUAUAUAAAUAUUAUAUUGUACAUCAAAAUUUUAAUUGGACAUGUAAAUUGUAAAUAAUUAUGACAAUUAUAAAUGUAAUUAAGUAA